CCAUUUGCUUGCCACUGUAGCUAGCUUGCUAGCCAUCCUCUUUGCAAAUCUAUCAUCUCUUGAAUUAUUCUCGAACUUCUAGUUUUACCGUGUGUUUCUUGAUCGAUUUACAGAUGACCCCAAUCUUCUUGAAUUCCUCAUUUACCUAUUAUUCACCAUACCCGAAUGAUUUCCACCAUGAAGAUCACCUUAGCAACCAAUACUUGAGCCCUAAUUCUCAAGCCUCUUCGUCUUUGAAUUCGCACACGGCUAAUAUGUUCUUAAACUCGACCGUUCAUGAUCAAAAUAGGAUUUUUGAUAUGGAAUUAUAUUCUCCACAACACCAACAUGAGGGUGGUAUUUUUGGGUCACAAGAAUAUAAUGAUCAAACUGAGAAUAGUGAUGAGAAAGGCGUCCAAUUUUUUACAUGGAACAAGGGUGAAAUGAUCAAUAAUAUGAACAAUGAUCAAAAUCAAGUGAAGUGGAUGUCUUCGAAGAUGAGAGUAAUGCUUAAAAUGAAGAAAUCUGAUCCUGUGAAUCUAAAUACUUAUAGUUCAACUACUCAACACGUAACGAAGCUUGAAGAUCAUAAACUACCGAAUUCGAUAGAAGAAACUGACAAUUCAAGCAAUAGUACUUCUUCAAACAACAAUAUACCGAUUAGGGUUUGUUCGGAUUGCUGCACGACCAAGACUCCUCUAUGGCGAAGUGGGCCUCGAGGUCCUAAGUCGCUUUGCAAUGCUUGUGGGAUCCGACAAAGGAAAGCAAGAAGAGCAUUGGCUGCAGCCGCAGAAGCUGAAAAUGGUGAUAGCAAUGUAUCGAUCGAUCAAUCGAUCACCAAUCGGUUAAAGGUUAAAAAAACUCAGCACAAAGAUCACAAGAAACCAAGUAACGGGUAUGUUGCAAAGCUCAAAAAACGGAAAUAUUCCAAGCAUAUCACUACCACCACCCCAACACCAUCGCCGUCGCCGUCGCCAUCUACAUCACCACCACCAUCACCAGCAGCAUCGCCAUCUUCAUCCUCACCGCCAAGAAAGAAUUGCGUGGAGGAGUUUCUAGUAAGUUUGAGCAAGAACUUGUCGUUUCAUCGUGUCUUCCCACAAGAUGAGAAAGAAGCUGCAAUCCUACUAAUGGCACUCUCUUGUGGCUACGCUCAUGAAACCUGAAAGUUUUCAGUUUUUGUUUUAAACACGUGAGUUAUAGGGAUUUAAAACUUGUGCUUGGAAGGGUUAUACCUUCGUUUUUUAUUUUAUUCCAUUAGCUAACUGUUAGUGAUUUGUGAGGAGUGAAUGUGUGUGAUCAGUUGCAUGUUUUUUUUAUAAGAAUAUAUAAUGGAGAUGUUGAUAACAAAAAAAAUUACGGA